CAGGGGUGUGGGGGUCUGCAGGGCUGUGUAACCUCACAGCUUGGGGGUCCGGGUCAGCCCCUCACACCCUCGGUGUCCCCCCACAUGCCCAGGCCAGCACCAUGGCACAGGUGGGGCACAGGGUGGAUUACCUGGCCGGAUUCUGCUGCCCGGUGGGGGGGCUGGUGGCGGGCAAGCCGCGGGUGCUGUGCCAUGAGAACGAGAUCUACCUCUCCAACGGCACCGAGUUCGUCUAUGUGUACGACCAGGAGGGCAAAGUGCUCAAGGCUGUGUUCCGCUGCCCUGACCAGGUGUGGCACGUGGAGCUGCUGCCCCAGCCCCGGCAGCUCUACAUCCUGUGUGCCCACAGCGGGAUCUACUGCGUGUCCCUGGAGCAGCAGAGCAGGUUAAUGGAGCAGACGGACGGCGACGGCCAAGAAAGCAACGGCCCUUCCGGCGUCUUCCCGGUGGAAGCGGACGCCUGCAUCUUCCCCGACGCCAGCCUGAGCAUGUUCACCCUGCUCAGCACCUUCGUCAUCACGCUGGCCCAGGACGAGGGCAAGUGGUGGAUGCGGCUGCACGAGCUGCCAGGCCCGGAGCAGGACGGGCCCCCGUACCGGCAGGUCAGCCAGGUGGAAUUCUGCCCCGGGAGCCCGCCCGGGGACGGGGGGGACGCGCCGCCCUCCUGCUUCCUGCCCGUGCUGUGCUGCGCGGCCGCGCCCGGCACCCAGGGGCUCUGGUGCUCGGGGGGCUUCGUGCUGGAGGAGCCGCUCUUCAGCCUCCUCUUCGGCAUCGACGUG